AUGGCGACAGUAACACAAAAUCUUGUGAUUAUUCGGCUGCUGCUGCUUGUGCUUUGUGCUGUCUCAGACGACACGGUUCCGAUUCCGUCAGAAAAAAGUAAGAUCGAGAGCUGGUUCACCGACAACGUUAAACCCCUUGCCGCCCGGAAAGGGCUGGACCCUGCCCUGGUGAAGGCGGAGGCGGAGGUGCAGCAUCUUACGGUUGGCAAAGGAGGCAAAUUCAAAACCAUUCAAGAAGCCGUCAAAACCGUUCCUGCUAAGAACACCAAACGUUAUCUCAUCACCAUAGGCCCCGGGAAUUACACCGAGAAGGUGAAGGUCGAUUAUACACAGCAUUUCAUUACCUUCUAUGCUGAUCCUAAAGACCGCCCAAACAUCAUCUCCGACGGGACAGCCGAGAAGUUUGGCACCGUUUACAGCGCCACCGUCCAAGUGGAAUCAGAUUACUUCUCCGCCGUUAACAUUAACUUUGUGAACUCAGCUCCAAGGCCUACCGGCAAGAAGGAGAAAGAACAAGCCGUGGCUCUCACCAUUGGAGGGGACAAAGCUUCCUUCUACAACUGCAGAUUCAUUGGGUUCCAAGACACCCUCUGCGACAACCACAACAAACACUUCUACAAAGACUGCUACGUCGAAGGCACCGUAGAUUUCGUGUUCGGCGACGCCAAGACUUUAUUCUUGAACACCACACUGCACGUGAUCGACGGCAACCGAAUGGCCAUGAUCUCGGCGCACGGCAGGAAAUCGGCGAAAGAGGAGACCGGGUUCUCCUUCGUGCACUGCACAGUCACCGGGACCGGAAACGUGGGGGUGCUGGGGAGAGGGUGGUUUGAUUAUUCUAAGACGGUGUUUCUGUUCAAUGAAGUGAGUGAUGCCAUUAAGGCGGAGGGGUGGUUGGGGUUGCACGCCAAUACUGCCGAGGGUGGAGGGUGCUACUUUGCAGAGCAUAAGAAUACUGGGGCAGGAGCUGUCGCCAAACGUCGUCCUAAAUUCGUGCAUCAGUUGACUGAGGCAGAGGCUAAGCCUUUCCUCUGCCUUAGCUUCAUUGAGGCCUCUAAGUGGUUGCUUCCCCCCACCACAGCCAAGGACGCGGCCGCAGCCCCAGGCAAGGCCGGCGCGGCCGCGGCGCCAGGCGCAGCCCCGGCCGCGGCUCCAGGUGCAGCCCCAGGCGGUGCUCCGGGCGCGGCUCCAGGCGGUGCUCCGGGCGCGGCUCCAGGCGGUGCUCCGGGCGCGGCUCCAGGCAAGGCCCCGGGCAAGGCCCCGGGCGCGGCCCCUGCCAAAGGCAAGGCCCCCGCCAAAGGCAAGGCCCCGUAG